AUGAUCCCAUCCAUAACAAGCGUACUUCUAGUACUAUAUUCAGAUAGCGAGGCCGGGACCCCGGGCCAGGAAAUGGCCGGCCUUAUUAUCAUGAGAUCUUGCGGUCGACGCCGGCGGGGUCCCGAAAACGAACACGGCCGCCAUUCACCAUCAUUUCCAUGGACGUUCCGCACUUACCGUAACCGAUUCCCGAUUAACUCUUCUUCAACUCGGCCUCGGCAUUCCGAGCAAUGGAAUGACAUGCCUCUGCUCUCUUUGACCUUACUCCCCGCGUUUGCUUCCCGCUUCCAAGAUCGACUAGCUCUUCUCCUCAUACUCAAGCAUCCCAAACUGUUUACCCCAAUAUCUCGAGUCGUAUUUUGGUCUACAUCUAUUGGUUCCGCUGUACGAUUCCUUUGCGAAAACUACCUAUGUCCCGACCCUAUCCGCGGUAAUGAAGUGCCGAACUCAAAUGCCUUGUCCGCCUUAUCUUCCAAACUCUAUCUGACUCAGACGAUACAUCCUUUUAGAAGGUUCCCGAAGCCAAGGGGAAAUUGUAGAGUACGUAUCCGGGUAUGUGACUUCACAGAAUUCACGAGACAUUGUAUUUGUUGGUCCGAAUGGGGCUUCAAGUACUCACACUGA